UACAAAAAAUUCUUAAUGAAUUACAAAAAAGGAAAAGGAUUAUGCCAUGUAACUUGUUCUUAUAGUAUUUGUAAUAUGAAGAUCAAACGCUAUGCAGUGUUCGUGACUCCAAAACAGCCCACGUCCUUAUGGACAAUUCUAAUAAUUUGGUUUUGCCUAUUGCAACCAACUUAUCUGAAAACGGAUGUACCCGAACCAACAGAGCAAAAACAUCAGCGCAUACACCAUCAUCAAAGAAGUGAGGCGACAUCACUGCAUGUCACAGCAAAUUAUAUCACGUUAAAUAAGUACAAAUUCCGACACAAAUUGUACAAUGCCACCAUACCCGAGAACAGUGUAGGCAAAACAUAUGCGAUACCAUUGGCGCGUGAAGACAUUAUGGGUAUUGCCAUUAUACCGGGUGCCGAGGUUAAGUAUCGCAUCGUAGCAGGAGACCGUGACAAGCUAUUUAAAGCUGAAGAGCGUUUAGUUGAUGAUAUUGCAUUUCUAGCGAUACGCACAAGAACUAGUAAUGUUGUGCUAAAUCGAGAAAAGAAUGAGGAGUAUUUGUUGAAAGUGAGAGCGAUGAUCAAAUAUAAUCUAGGUGAUGAUUAUAUCAGUGAUGAGACGGAAACAACUGUACAUAUACGUGUAUUGGAUCGCAACGAUUUGAGUCCGCUCUUCUAUCCCAUUGAAUAUGCACAAAUCGUUCCGGAGGAUAUGCCAAUACAUAGAAGUAUAUUGCGUGUUACAGCCGAAGAUGCCGAUUUGGGUGUUAAUGGCGAAAUAUACUAUAGUUUUCUUAUCGACAAUGAAUACUUUUCGAUACAUCCCACGACUGGAGUAAUUACAUUAAAUAGGCAGCUAAGAUAUACAGAAAGUUCUCAUUAUAACUUAACAGUGCUUGCGAAUGAUCGCGGCUCAGCCAUUAAUCAUUACAAUCAUCAAUCGAGUAAAGCGAAAGUUUCCAUAACCGUAGAACAAGUUAAUUUACACACUCCAGAAAUAUAUUUUAAGACUUUUUCUAGUAUAACCUCGAAUUUUAGUUCGAAUAUUUAUGGUAUAGUUAAGGUUAGCGACAAUGACACUGGUAAACAUGGGGAAAUAAAUAAAUUGCAAAUUGUUGAUGGUGAUCCCGAUGGAAAUUUCGUUAUAACACCAACACAUAAUAUCGGUGAAUAUUUCAUUGAAAUAAAUAAAUUUGCAAAACUAAACGAUUCCAUAAAAUAUAAUUUAACCUUACGUGCCGAAGAUAAGGGAGUGCCCAUGCGGCAUUGUUACAAAACCAUUCCAGUACACUUUAUUAAGGAAAGAAAUAACGCACCAGUAUUUACUAAGCAUUUAUAUGAAAUCUCAAUAUCCGAAACUUCGCCACCAAAUAUGCCAGUGAUCAGGCUGAAAGUGACUGACCCCGAUUUAGGUAAGAAUGCCAUGGUCUAUUUGGAGAUAGUUGGAGGAAAUGAGGGUGGUGAGUUUCGAAUAAAUCCUGAUUCAGGCAUGCUGUACACACAAAAGCCACUCGAUGCCGAAAGCAAAUCCUUCUACACGCUCACCGUAUCUGCAAUUGAUCAAGCUAAUCUCGGCUUUCGUAAGCAGUCGUCGGCGAAGGUGAAAGUUAAUAUACAGGAUAUGAAUGAUAAUGAUCCGUUAUUUGAGCCGAUGAACACGACCAUCGAAUUAGAUGAGAAUGAAUUGGCCGGCACUUUUGUUGUAAAAUUAACAGCGCGUGAUAAGGAUAGUGGAGAGAAUGCAUACAUAUCAUAUAGUAUAGCUAAUCUGAAUGAGGUUCCCUUUGAAAUAGAUCAUUUUUCGGGGGAGCUUAAAACAACAACAUUAAUCGAUUACGAAACCAUGCGAAGAACGUAUGUGCUCAGCGUACGCGCAUCAGAUUGGGGCCUGCCAUAUCGACGACAAACUGAAUUGGAGCUCUUAAUCAAAAUUAGAGAUAUUAACGAUAACCGUCCACAGUUCGAGCGUGUCAACUGUGUUGGAAAAGUUUUGCGUAAUAUACCCGUUGGUACGGAAAUAUUCACGCUUUCGGCCAUAGAUUUUGAUGCUGGUGAUUUCAUUACCUAUCGUCUCAUAUCGGGUAGCGAAGAUGGCUGUUUUAAUCUUGAUCCAACUACAGGAGUACUAUCGAUUGGUUGUGACUUGACUGAUGUUUCAGCAACAACGCGUUACAUAAAUGUAUCUUCCACUGAUGGCACACAUUUCUCGGACGAAAUGAAUAUGGUCAUUGAUAUUGUUGGUGAUGAGAAGAAUGUCUUCAUGGAGCAUAUCGAUAUGUUCAGUGGUUAUGGUAGCUUUGAAUGCCGUGAAACCGGUGUUUCCAGACGACUAGCUGAGAACUUGGCGGCGGCGGAACGCAAUAAUGCAAACGUACAUGAGAAGACCUACAUAAAUGACCUGGGGUUGACGCCUAGUCGUUAUGGCGAGAAUAUGCAUGCGCCAGAAUUCAUAGACUUCCCUAGUGAACUACGACUGAACGAAAGCAUUGAGUUGGGCGAAACUGUGAUGUGGAUAAAGGCUAGAGAUCGUGAUUUAGGUUAUAAUGGAAAAUUAGUUGUGGCUAUUUCGGACGGUGAUAAUGAUUCGGUAUUUCGCAUCGAUCCUGAUAGCGGUGAACUGCAAAUAAUUGGGUAUCUCGAUCGUGAACGACAAGAUGAAUACGUGUUGAAUGUAACUGUUUACGAUCUUGGCCAGCCGAAAAAGUCUCAAUCAAAAUUGUUACCCGUUUUCAUACUCGAUAGCAACGAUAAUCGACCGGUUUUCCAAAAGUCGCUAGCAACAUUUCAUCUUCCAGAGAAUGCUUUUAAUGGCACUUUGAUAUUUUGCUUAAACGCUUCGGAUGCGGAUAUAGAAGAAAACGCAAAAAUUGCCUACUUCAUGCAGACGGAAACGAAAGAUUUCUUCGUGAACAUCAGCACCGGUUGUAUAUAUUUAGCCAACGCGUUGGAUCGGGAAAAGCUGGACAAUUAUGAACUGCACAUACUAGCCAAAGAUAAUGGUGAAUUAGCACUCACAGCCGAAGCUGUGAUAAACAUAUUGGUCGAGGAUAUCAACGAUAAUGCGCCCAUUUUUGGUGUACAGGAAUUCAUUUUUAAAGUGCGUGAGGAUAUACCUCGCGGUACAGAGGUGGCGGCAAUCGAAGCAACAGACAUCGAUAUCGGUCCGAAUGGUGAAAUAUUCUUCUCAAUAAAGGAAGAGCUGGCGGUUGAAGAGCUGUUCAAAAUUGACAAACACACCGGUGUCAUACAUACUUUAGGCUAUUUGGAUUACGAGAAACGACAAGUGCAUAAUUUAAUAGUGAGUGCGAUAGAUCGCGGUUCACCAUCUUUAACAACCGAUAUGCCUGUGGUGAUUGAGAUUAUCGAUGUGAAUGAAAAUCGUUUCGCACCUGAAUUCGACGAUUUUGUCUAUACAGGCCAUGUGAAAGAAAAUCUGCCGUCACGCAGUUUUGUAAUGAACAUAACCGCGAAAGAUGCCGAUAUAAAUGGACCAGAUUCGAAGAUCUCCUAUAGUAUACGCGGUGGCGAUGGUAUCGGUGUGUUCACAGUAAAUGAUGAAGGUGUCAUACGCACAUUAUCCCAUUUGGAUGCUGAAACAAAAUCCAGUUAUUGGCUUACGCUUUGCGCUCAAGAUAAUGCAAUAAUACCUUUGAGCAGUUGUGUGCAGGUCAACAUUCAGGUGGAAGAUGAAAACGACAAUGUGCCAUUAACUGAUAAACCAGUCUACUACGUAUCUGUCUUGGAAGGUAGUCCAGAGAACACACCCGUCAUACAAUUAAACGCUUUCGACAGCGAUAAGAAUCCAGCACAGUUUUUUACUUACCGGAUAACUUCGGGAAAUCCGGAAGGAUUUUUUGAUUUAAAUUCAACAUCAGGGAAUUUGAUAACUACGGAGAGAAAACUAGAUAGAGAAAAUCAAUCAGAGCAUAUACUAGAGAUCUCCAUUACCAAUAACGGCACUCCAGCACUAACUUCAACAACGCGUGUCGUUGUUUCAGUUGUAGAUAUCAACGAUCACAGUCCUGAAUUUGAGCAACGAUUCUACAAAAUUCAAGUACCUUCUACAGUAGACAUAAACGAAACAGUUUUCCAGGCACGUGCCAUUGAUAAUGACAUCGGUGAGAAUGGGCGCAUUACUUAUUUCAUAAAAUCUGGCAAGGGUAAAAACCGUUUUCGCAUGGACCUAGACACUGGUUUUAUUUACUUAACGAAACCAUUGGAAGUGGACGCCGAAUAUGAUUUGAAUAUACGAGCUGAAGAUAAUGGAAAUCCGAAACGUAACCAAAAUGCUAAAUUAAAUAUAGUUGUCAUACCAGUAUCGACAAAUUCUCCGCAUGCGCCUAUUAUAAAAGAGGAAGAUAGUCGUAUUGAUGUAACUGAAAGUGAUCGGCCAGGAUUUUUAGUAGCACUAAUACAGGCGACCGAUGAAGACAACGAUCAUUUGUGGUAUAACUUAAGUGAUGGCAACGAACGCAAUGAAUUUUACAUCGGCAAGGAAAAUGGUCACAUAUUACUCUCGAAAAGUUUGGAUCGUGAAACUCAGUCAUCGUAUAAUUUGACAGUUACCGUCACCGAUGGCACACAUAUAGUUAAUACAAAUCUUUACAUACACGUUGUCGAUAUCAAUGAUAAUCGUCCACAGUUCACACAAGAUAUAUACUAUGUAAACAUAUCCGAGAAUAUCGAAGAGGAAGCCAUCAUAAUGCAAUUGCAUGCCACCGAUAAGGAUGAAGAUAAUAAGAUUUUCUAUACGUUACAUGCCGCACAAGAUCCAACAUCACUGUCAUUAUUUCGCGUUGACUCCAUCAGUGGCAAUGUCUUGGUGAUAAAACGUUUGGAUUAUGAAAAAAACAGGUAUCACACACUGAUAGUGAUAGCUAAGGAUCAAGGUACUCCAGCCAAACGGAAUUAUGCAAAAAUCGUGAUAACUGUACACGAUCAUAAUGAUCAUCAUCCAGAAUUUAUGAGCAAAAUCGUACAAAGUAAAGUACCAGAGAGUGCGGCGAUCGGUUCAAAAGUGACUGAAUUGACAGCAUUAGAUUUGGACAGUGGAGCAAAUGCUGAAAUAACGUACUCCAUAAUAACUGGUAAUGUUGGCAAUACUUUUGAAAUAGAACCCACAAUGGGUGUGGUUACGAUUUCGAAAAAUUUGAAUAUCAAUAAAAUGCAAGAGUAUAUGUUGCAAAUUAAGGCCACAGAUCACGGCGAGCCGCCACUCUCCUCACAAAUGCCACUUCAUAUCAUCGUAACUAUGUCCGAAAAUGAUCCACCUAUCUUUAUGGCACCACUUAACGUGAUUGAGAUCUAUGAAAAUAUUCCAGUGGGUGCAUUUGUUUGUCAAGUGGAGGCACGCUCUUCCUCGUCUGUGUUCUACGAGGUGGCGGAUGGUGAUGAAGGCCAACGUUUUCGUAUCAAUCCCUCAACUGGUGUGAUAACAGCGAAUGACAUCAUUGAUUAUGAGAAGAAUAAAUCUUUCAAUCUCACUAUUAUUGCAACAAACAUGGCAUCAGCUACUUCCACGCACAGUAUUAUCAUACAUAUUUUAGAUAUAAACGACAAUGAACCAUACUUCGAGAAAAAUGCAUAUAAUGGAACUAUUUCAGAGAUUGCCAAAAUUGGUUCUUUCGUUUUUCAAAGAAACGAUCCACAAAACAGGCCACUGCUUGUCACAGUCAAGGACUUGGAUGAGGGUGUAAACAGUAUGAUUGAAUUCAAAAUUUUAAACAAUCAAGCAAAAGAAUAUUUUGAAAUCGAUUCAUCUACGGGCGCUAUUAAGCUUAUAAAGCAAGUUGACUACGAAAUGAAUAAAUAUUUUCGACUUGACGUAAUGAUCAAUGACUUGGGCGCACCAAAAUUAUAUGCCAAAUGUCAUUCAACUAUACAUAUCAGUGUUGAAAAUAUCAAUGAUUGCCCGCCGGUUUUCGCCAAGAACUACACAAAUGUCACCCUGUAUCACCCCACAUAUGAGAAUAUCAUAAUAACCGAAAUGAAUGCUACCGAUGCCGAUUUGGAUGAAAAUACAAAAAUCCGUUAUGAUAUUAUAGAUGGGAAUGCAGAUGGUUGCUUUGAGAUUGAUGCGGUAACGGGAAUCAUGACCACCAAGGACAUAACGCAUUUGGAUACCUUUUAUACGCUUCACAUUAGAGCUUCCGAUGGCCUGUACUCAGCCAUAGCACAAAUUGACAUUAACAUUGAAACCUUGUCCACACCGGGCUUUGUAUUCCAAAAACCUUCGUACAUAUUUUCAACAAUCGAAAAUUCUUCCAAAAUCGUAACCGUUGGACUAGUUAAUGUUGUGGGUAAUCUAUUGCACGAGAAUGUCGAAUUUAGUAUUUUAAGUCCAACGAAGAUGUUCAUAAUCGGCAAGACAUCGGGUGCAAUCAAAACAACAGGGUUACCUUUUGAUCGUGAGAGUCAAGACAGUUACACAAUAGUAAUUGAGGCACGUUCCUUACUGCUCUACGAAAAAUUCAAGCAAAUGCGUCGUGCUAUUGUGCGUGUAGAUAUUUCCAUAUUAGAUGUAAAUGACAAUUGUCCUAUCUUCGUGAAUUUGCCUUAUUAUGCUACACUAUCGGUGGACGAUGCCAAAGACACCAUCAUAACUAAGGUUAAGGCUGUUGAUCUUGAUAGCUAUGAAAAUGGUGAGGUGCGAUACGAAAUGAAGAAGGGAAAUGGUGAACUCUUCAAGGUUGAUCGUAAAUCGGGCGAAUUAGUGUUGAAGCAAAUUAUUGAUGGUAGUACUAGAGUUUACGAUUUAAUUAUCGCUGCUUAUGAUGGUGCGAUAUCACCUUGUUCCACUGAUGCAGCCGUUAACAUAAAGGUGGUUGAUCGCUCGAUGCCAACAUUCGAUAAGCAAUUUUACUCAGACGUUGUGAAAGAAAAUGCAGAAUUGUUUUCAGCGCUCUCCAUUGCAAUACAGGCGGAAAGUCCACUCAAGCGAAAACUAAUUUACACAAUAUCAAUUGGAAAUGAGGAUGAAGUAUUCGAAAUAGAUUACAGAACUGGCGUUAUUUACAUUGUUAACGAAUUGGACUAUGAGACGAAACAAAGUCACGAAUUUCUGGUACGUGCAACGGAUUCAUUAUCUGGUAUCUUUGCCGAAGUUACAGUAUCGAUAAUAGUCGAAGAUACUAAUGAUUGCUAUCCAACAAUUGAGCAGGACAAUUACAACAUUACCAUAUCGGAGAAUUUGUUGAUCGGUUCGCAAAUAAUGAAAGUGAAUUCAUCUGAUUGUGAUGCGAAUGCAAAUAGUGAAUUGUCGUAUAUCAUUGACAGUGUUGAUGGUAAAAAUAACUCGGCACUAUUUUAUAUAGAUAUAGCAGAAGGUUAUUUAUAUCUAAAAAGUAAUUUAGACGCCGAAGAAAGCACCUCUCAUCACAUAAUUUUAAUUGUAAGAGACCAUGGCACGCCGUCUUUGAGUUCAAAAGCAAAUGUUUGGAUCACUGUGAAGGAUCUUAAUGAUAAUUUCCCCAAAUUUACGGAAGCUUCAUUUUCAUGCCGUUUGUCAGUGAAUGCGCAACGUGGCCAAUUCGUUAUCAAUGCAAAGGCAUACGAUCCCGAUCAUGAGGACAACGAAAGGCUUAAAUAUCGAAUUAUCGACGGCAAUGAGUUGCAAACGUAUACAAUUAAUGAAAAUAAUGGAGUUAUCACACUACAAAAUAUGCAAAAUUUCACUGAUCACCAUCAGACUUUGUUAAAUGUAUCCGUUAGUGAUGGCGUUCACACGACAUUUGCCAGAGUUAAGAUAAUAUUAAUGCCAGAGAAUAAUCAUGCACCUAAAUUUUUGAAAUCGGUUUAUGAAGCAAGCGUGAAGGAAAACGAAGGAGCUGGAAAGAAUAUUGCUUUGCUUCAAGCACACGACGCUGACUUCGGCAGAUUUGCAAAACUCACCUAUGAUUUUGUUUCAGAAGAAUUCAAAGAGUAUUUUGAAAUUGAUAACACUAACGGUUCUAUAACAACAAAAGUCGCAUUUGAUCGAGAACAACGUGCUUUCUACGAUGUUUUGGUGAGGGUAUCUGAUGAGGGUGGCAAAGCCGAUUUCACUCUAUUGAAGAUUAAAGUCGAAGAUGUCAAUGACAAUAGUCCGCGCUUUUUGGUCAAAGAAUAUAAACUCGUGGUUAAAGUCAAUACGACAAUCAAUUCAACAUUGUUGAAGGUGAAAACAAUUGAUAUGGAUGAAAAUGAAAAUUCGCAAAUAAAAUACACAAUUGAUGAAUCAACGGUGUCCGAAACAUACAAAGAUACUUUCAUGAUCAACGAAGUCGACGGAAGUUUGAGCCUAAUCAAAAAUAUCACUGAAUUCGCCAACAAUGUUGCACAGUUCUUCGUACGCGCCAUGGACUAUGGUAGUCCACAAUUUCAUAAUGAUGUGCCUGUUACAAUACAAUUUAUCAGUGCCGAUGUAGCAGUGCCAGAGUUCGAAAAUGAUGCUUUUGAAUUUUAUGUUUCGGAAUCAACACCACCUGGUUCGGUAUUAACAAAGCUACGCAUUUCUGGCAAUUAUUCGGUGAAAUUUACGAUACCUAUUGAAAGUCGAAAGUUUUCCAUUUCGGAGAAUGGUGAAGUGAUACUGAUGCAGACGCUCGAUCGCGAGGUUAACGAUAUGCACUAUAUGAUUGCUUUGGCGGAAACGGAAACAAUACCGCCAUUAUUUACAUUUUGCGAAAUUUAUAUACACGUGCUGGAUGAAAACGAUAAUUCACCCAAAUUUGAUAGUCGCGAAUACAAUGUGAAUAUAGCUGAAAAUAUCGAUAAAGUCGCAUCAAUCAUUAAAGUGACCGCCACCGAUAUGGAUAUAGGUUCAAACGGUGAUAUACGUUACUAUCUAGAGGAUGAAACGAAUACGGCAUCGAACGUGUUUGAUAUCGAUAUCUACACCGGAUGGAUAACACUGCUCAGUAUGCUGGAUCGCGAAACGCAAUCGGAAUAUCACUUUAAUGUACUUGCCACCGACAACGGGCAACCGAAACAUGUUUCGAAAGUGCCGGUGUCUAUAAAGAUAAUCGAUUAUAACGAUAAUCCCACCUCUUUCAAUCAGGAGAAAUGCGAGAUAUCGGUGCAUGAGAACGCGCUGCCCGGCAAAAUUUUGAAAUAUUUCCUCAUUACCGAUCUAGAUUCGGAGAAGAGCAUAACUAGUUAUUAUAUAAUGUCUGGCGAUAUAUAUUCACAAUUCCAAAUUGGCAAAACUGGCGAACUGUUUGUUGCGAAAUCUUUGGAUAGAGAAGCCAUUCCAAUAUAUAACUUAAAUGUGCUCGUUACCGAUGGCAAAUUUGUAGCCACCACCGAGGUUACCAUAACGGUGCAGGAUGUAAAUGAUAAUGUGCCAGUUUGCAUGACGCCGCGUUACAAUUUGAGAAUAAACGAGACGGUGAUGACCGGUACGCCACUAAUACAAAUUGACGCACUAGAUAUCGAUGAAAAUGGCAACAGUCAGUUGCGUUACUAUCUAACUGGAAAUCGAUCUGAUGAUUUCUUCAUCGAAAAAGAUAGCGGCACAUUGCGCGUGGCCAAAACUAUUGACCGUGAAACACAUGCUAAAUAUAUUCUAACGGCGCAUGUGCAGGAUGGUCAAGAGCUGUCACAAGAAUGCACUUCCGAACUAAUCAUCAAUGUUAACGAUCUCAACGACAACCGACCGGAGUUCUCGAUAGCACAGUAUAUUGUAAGCAUACCAGAGGAUGCCCCUAUAGGCACUAUUGUGACAAAGGUGCAUGCAACAGAUAAGGAUUUUGGUUUAAAUCGUAAGAUUGUUUACUCUUUUGUCGAAGAACAGCCGAAUUUCAGUAUAUCGCGAAGCAGUGGUAUUAUAAAAUUAACGAAGAACUUAGAUCGAGAAAGCAUUUCGAUAUUCAAUGUGUCCAUUAAGGCAGUGGAUAGUGGUAAUCCAAAACAGUUAUCUAUUACACGACUUAUACUCAAUGUUCUCGACAUUAACGACAAUCCACCGGAGUUCAAUACAAGGGAGUACAAAACGUACGUAUACGAGAAUGCCACAGUCAAUACAGAAGUCGUGCGCAUUUUCGCCACUUCCAAAGAUAUCGGCGUCAACGCGGAAGUGUUGUAUUUCAUUAUGGGUGGAAAUGAGCUUAACAAAUUCAGCAUCGAACCAAAAACGGGCAGCAUAUUUGUAAAUGACGAUUUGGACUAUGAACGCACAAAGACAUAUUUCUUAACGGUACAAGCAAUCGAUGGUGGUACGCCGCCCCUCAGUAAUGUGGCUUCGGUAAAUAUCUCGGUAUUGGAUGUCAAUGAUAAUGCACCGAAAUUCACACAGAACAUGUACCGCGCGAAGGUGCGUGAAGAUGUCUCGAAAAUGCAAAAUAUACUGCAAGUACUGGCCACUGACGAGGAUGCGGGACAAAAUGGCAUUAUACGUUAUAACAUAGAGCGCGGCGAUCAUUUGAAUCAAUUCGCCAUUGAAGAUUUCUCCGGCCAGUUAACUGUGAUAAAUGCAUUGGAUCGUGAACUGAACGCCAAUUAUUUGUUGGAGAUCAAAGCCUGCGACAACGGUUUACCGGAACAGUGUAGCUAUGUGCGCAUUUAUGUAGACAUUUUAGAUGUGAACGACAAUCCACCGCUUUUCCGCAUGCAGAACUAUAGUGUGGUGUUGCAAGAGAACAAACCGUUGGGCUACAAUGUUCUGCUCUUCGAAAUCAGCGACGCCGAUGAGGUGCCCAAUACUGCACCCUACACUUUCGAUUUGCGCAGAGGUAAUGAAGGUGGUUUCUUUCGCAUCGGACAAGAUGGCUGGUUGCGGACGGCGGCACGUUUCAAUCACAAAAUUUGCGAUAUCUUCACGCUGCAAGUGCGCGUCUUCGAUAACGGCACGCCGCCGCUCUACUCUGACGCCUGGGUGCAUAUACACAUUAUUGAAGAGAGUCAGUAUCCGCCGGUCAUAACUCCUUUGGAGGUGACAGUGAAGUCAUACGAUGACGAUUACAUAGGUGGUUUUCUCGGUCGUGUGCAUGCGAGCGAUCAGGAUAAAUAUGACAAUUUGUUGUAUGCACUGGCGCCAACCCAUGGUGAAUUGUUCAUGACAAAACAGCUCUUUAACAUAUCACAAAAUAAUGGUUCACUCUAUGCAAUCAGCAAUCUGGAUAUUGGCUUGUAUCGAAUUAACGUAACCGUUAACGAUGGCAAAUUUACAGCACAUGCGUUGGUCAAGCUGAAUGUGGAACUCAUAACAGGUGACAUGACGCGUAAUGCGAUUGUCAUAAGUUUUCGUAAAAUUACACCCGAAGCAUUUAUAUUAAGUCACCGUAAAGGUUUCAUUCGGGGUUUACGCGCUAUACUACGCUGCCGUCAAAAGGACAUCACAAUAAUCUCUAUACAAACAUCGAAUAGCCACACGGCGUACAAGGAGCCACAAGAAUCGGAGAGUGUCAUGCUGGAGCGUAGUAAGCGCCAACAACCCACACCUGUUGAUAAUCUGAAUAUUUUAUUUGCUGUACGUAAGCAACAAAUUACGCCCAGCUCCGAGGAGUAUUUCACCACAGCCGAAGUGCGUGCAGUGCUGGUGAACUUCAUCGAUGACAUUGAGGAUGCUACCAAUCUGGUGGUAGAGGAGAUUAUGUCGCCCACCUGCGCGCACAACACUUGCGUACAAGGAGACUGUUUUAAUCGCAUACGCCUAAAUAAACGUCAAUUGAAUACUUAUUCGACAGAUGUCGCCAGCUUCGCUUCGCCCACAUACAAGCAUGCCAACGAGUGCCAAUGCAAGCAAGGUUAUGGAGGUCGCAUUUGUAAUGAGCCAAUUAAUGCUUGCUCUUCCGAUCCAUGUCCGCUGGAGAAAACCUGCUGGCCCGCUAACACAACUACUGGCUACCAGUGUAUAUGUCCACAAGGUUUUACGGGACAUGCCUGUGAGAGCAAAUCGACAUUGACGAAAUGUCAACACGGUAACUGCAGCUCACGUUUCACUUCGGUUUCGUUCAGCGGUAAGAGCUAUGCGCAUUAUAAAAUUAAUAAGGCCGUUGCAAAAACUAUACUGGAGCAAGACUUUGUUUACUCGCUGAAGAUACGCACCGUUCAGCAAACGGGCACUCUACUAUUUUCCAGCGGCCGAAUUGAUUAUCACAUACUAGAAAUAUUUAAUGGCGCUGUGCAAUACCGUUACGAGCUGGGUUCGGGUGAGGGUAAAAUAUGUGUCUCAAGCAUUUACAUCGCCGAUGGCGAGUGGCAUACAAUCACUCUUGAGCGCAUAUUGAAUAGCGCCAAAUUGACAGUGGACAACAAACAUGUUUCGCAGGGUAGCGCGCCGGGUAUUAACGGCAUACUCAACAUACAGUCGAAUGAUUUAUUCGUCGGGGCCGAAGUUAAAGCACAUCCCACCAUAAUCGGCUUCGAGGAUAUACAGAAGGGUUUCAUUGGCUGCAUGUCAGACAUUAAAAUCGCAAUGGAGCCUUUGCCGCUAUACAUAUCGGGUGGCAGUUCAGUGGUGGCGCUCAAGCGUUUCACAAACGUCGAGUUCACUUGUGAUCCGACAAGUGUGCUCGUACAAUUGGGUAUUUGUGGUGCACAACCAUGUCUUAACGGUGGUAUUUGCAUUGACUUGGGUGAGAAUAAAUUCAAGUGUACUUGCCAUGCGCGUUUCACCGGUCAAACGUGUGAAAUUGAUAUGGAUCCUUGCGCUUCUGCUCCUUGUCUCUUUGGCGGACGCUGUGAAGUGCAUGAGUUCAGCAAUUAUAGUUGCACGUGCCCAUUGCACUUAUCGGGUCGUCGCUGUGAGUAUGGUAAAUAUUGUUCACCGAAUCCGUGCAAAAAUGGCGGUGUCUGCGAGGAGGGUGAUGGCACACCACAUUGCAUGUGUCGCGGCUACACGGGACCCACAUGCGAGAUCGACGUAAACGAAUGUGAUAAUCAUCCGUGCGGCAAUGGCGCAACAUGCAUCAAUGAAGCGGGUAGUUUCCGUUGUAUUUGUCCAUCUUAUCUGACGGGCGCCAGCUGCGGUGAUCCGCUAUAUUCCAAUUCGAUAUCAACAAAGUUGAGAAAUCUCUCGAUGGAACAGUUAGCUGGCAUUGUUGGUGGCAUUGUGUUCAUUAUUUUAGUAGUACUUGUUGCUUUUUGUUGUAUAGUUUUUCGUAAGAGCAACAAUACCAGUGUACAAAAUUCAAGUAAUAAAGAUCCAUACAAAGGUGAAAAUUUGAAUUCUCUAGUUUGUAAGGAGAAAUACGCCAAGAAUAUCGCUAAAAUGAGUAAUUUGGAAAUAAACCAACGACCGAUGAGUUAUACGGCGCCGACAAAUGAUAAUUUGUACUCGGGUCAUACAACCUUCGUAAAUAACUUGGACAUAUUGCGCAGUUACGGAUCAGCGGGUGAUGAACUAGAAAAUAUACCAUUCGAAUAUCAGAAGAUCAAUCGAAACAAUGAACAUGUGAAUCUAAAUGAUUCUGAUCCCAUACAGAAACGAGACUGGGUCGAGCAAAUGCAUUUGAAGACGUUUAGUGAAAAUAAGCUUAACAAUGAAAAAUUAGAUUAUACAGCUUUAAAAACCGGUUGUAGCAAAAUUAUGCAGGUAACAGUGCCAAAUGUUUGCCACUCACCAUACUCGGAUUAUCCAACGACCAAUCAUGGGCAAUACCAUUGGGAUUGUUCAGAUUGGGUGCGGAAGAGCCAUAAUCCAUUGCCGGAUAUAACUGAGGUACCUGGUGCUGAAAUUGCUGAUUCGUCGAGCUUCCAUAGUAAUGAUAGCAAUGAGUCUAAACCACGACGUACCUAUGCAGGGCAAAAUACGUGCAUUGGUGUUGAUCCUACACGAGAUAUUGUGACUUUAAAUGAAGACUUAACAUCCGAAUGCAUCGACUCCGAGUUAGAGAGUUGUAUGCGACCUUUCGAACUGCCGCUUAUAAAUCAUGAUGAUGUUUCAAGACUGAGCCCCCCAAUUAACUUUGAGAAUGAAGACUUCAUUACAAAUCCAGUGCCUUCAACAUAUGAUCCUAUGAACUCAUGUAAUGCAUACUUACGGCAUCCAGAUUCAUAUUUACCUUCAUUUAAUGUACCCAGUGAAACUGAAGGUGAAAGCUCAAGCACUGAGGUAUUUUCGAAAGCCACCAGCGAAAUGCUACCCAGAAGAAAGUUAAGUGACAAAUCGGAAGAAAUGUAUCUGUUUAGAAAUCUUCACUCGAAAAAUGGAUCAAAUAGCGACCUCUCGGUUCACUUAUGUGAAAUUGAAGAUUCCGAGUUAGAGGAGUUUUUACCAAGCUCAUCAAAAGACGUUAAUAAUAGAUAGAUAAAGGGACAUUCUUCGAUCGUAAAAACAUUUAAUUGUAUAAAAGAAAUAUUUUUAUAAGAACUUCAUACUUAAAAAAACGAAAAAAAAUACCGAAAAAUAAAUAGCGGUUAAAAGUUCAUCAAUAAUCUAUUUUUUUCUAUACUUUAUAAUCUCUACUAAUUUCUAGAGAAGUUUUAAAAUAUUUUUCUCAAGUACGAAUAA